UUUUUACUUCCCCUGCCUCCACACUCCUCCUGACUCUUCUCACAUGUCCGUCCUGCAACUAAGGAAACUGACAAAAUAAACCCUCCCUCCCUUUCUUUCUCUGUCUCUGUUUCAUCUUUUUUUUGGGCCAAAACUCUGCUUCAUCUGAUAAACCUGUUUACCAUCUUUACCGAGUGAGUGAGUAUUGGAAACCUCAAAAAUCAUCCCUUUUCUCCUCCCUUUUUCCCACUCUCACCAUCCCUUUCCCUCUUUCCCUCCCCUCCUAAAAAGCUACCCACCGAAUCUCUCCUUCUCCCCCACUUGUGUAUACUGGCUCUCCCAACCAUGGAAGCUUUUAGCUUACUCAAAUACUGGCGAGCCGGUGCUUCGCUCCCUCCUGGAGCUCCUCCUCCCCCUUCUCCCGACGCUACCACCACCAUCGUCACCGCCGUAUCUGAAACUGCCGUUGAUUCCGACGGUGAAGACGACGACGACGAUGAUGACGGGCCGUUCUUUGACUUGGAGUUUACGGUGCCCGACGAGGCUGAGGAUGGCCCUGAAAAUCUGAAUGUAAACCAUAGUGGAAGCAACUCGCCCAUGCAUAGCGAGGAGGAACAAGCUGAUGACGGUUCGGACGAUGGAGACGGCGAGGGAGAGUUCAAAUUUACGCUCUCUCCUUCGACCAAUGAUCCUAGUGAUCCUAACCUUUCGCUCUCUCCUUCCGACGAUCUGUUCUUUAAAGGGAAGUUAGUGGAGGUGGAACCUUCUUCUUUUGUGAUUAACUCCUCUGAAUCCGAAGCCAAUUCGAAGCCUCAGUUUACGGCGUCAUUGUUGAAAUCCGCUACCAAGUUCCGUAUUUUUAUGUCCGCUCUCAAGAAAUCCAAAGCGAAUGCGUCGGACAAAGAGUCUAAUGCGUCUGAUGCUCCGAAACAGCAAGAAACUCAACCGCCGGAAUCACAAAAGAAGCCGUCGGAGCAACAACAGCAGAAGAAGCUUUUUACUGUGAAAUUUAAAAUCGAAGAAGUUCCCAUUAUGUCUCUCUUUACAAGAGAUAACAGCUCUAGAGGCGCUUCGGCGAACAAGUCCCUGAAGCAGAACACUGAGGAUUCACUGUCUUCAGCUUCGGACGAAAAGCGUUUCUCAAAGGAAGUAAUGCAAAAAUAUCUGAAAAUGGUGAAGCCUCUGUACGUUAAGGUUUCAAAAAGGUACGGUGGCAAACUGAGGUUUUCCGGGCAGCUCAACGUGAGCUCCAGAGCCAAACCAGCAGGGCCAACGCCGGCCACUGCGGUGCAGAAACCUUCUCCGCCAAAAGCAGUAGCCGAGAAGGUUCCGACUGAAGCGGACAGUUCUGAAACGAAGGUUCAGCAAAAACAGGGAAAUCUUCCAGCCGGGUUGAAGGUUGUGUGCAAGCAUUUAGGGAAGAGUCGUUCCGCUUCGUCGGCGGUAGCAGCGGCACCUGCCGGAGCAACCUCUUCGAGACGGCGUGAUGAUUCACUACUGCAGCAACAGGAUGGAAUCCAAGGCGCCAUUUUGCACUGCAAAAGGUCUUUCAAUGCCUCCCGAGAGGGCGAUUCUUCCCAGCUGCCACGUUCUGUUAGCGAUCCCCUGCACGAGAUAUCGCCGGAAUUAUCAAGAAAAUCGACAGAGAAAGGCAAAGACAAGUGCCCUUAAACGUCUUUGGAGUGCUCUGUCAAACAAUUUGAGAGAAUUAGGGCGAGAGACGCAAGAUUUGAGUUCUUUUCAAACGUCACACCGCUCUGUGUGUAAAAAAGAAUUUUAGUUGUUAUUACAGUGAGUAGUCGAAUAGUACUAAACUAUUGCUGGUAGACUUCAGUAAGUAAUGUUCCCCUCUUGGGAGUGUUCGGUAUGGCCCUUAUUGCCUGGGUCACUAUUUUUUUCUUCUCAGUAGGAUAAAACUGUAAAGCUCUUCUUUCCUAGCAGGUGAAAGAAGAUGAUGCCUUUUCUUUGUAAUGUAUCAUGUAUCUAUGUAGCUCAGACCAAACAGUUUCUUGACCCCUUCAGUAAUUAGUAUUUACUACUAGUUUAAUUGAUGGGUUCCUUCUUCC